CUAUGAAAAAGUGCUCGGUAACGUAAUAACAAUCUGCUCUACACAACGUGAGCUUUUUAAUGCGUAUUCAUUUUCUUUGUGUUUUUUUAUUAUAUGUACUAAGAUUACACAUAGUGAUGUUUUCUUAGCAAUUUUACUUCGUAAUUCAAGGUUCAGAUAUGAGCGAGGGUCAUAUUUACAUAAGUUGUGACCUUAGUACAUGAGACAACAAAAGAAUACUUCCACGAAUCUGUUGUUAGCGAGUAACGUUCUCGAUGUUUUUAUCUUAUUUCAUACCUGUUAAACGUUUCUAUUGCGUUUUAAACGUGUUAUAAUGCUAUAAGCAAGUGAUUUUUCAGUAAAUUAAGAUUCUGAUAAAAGUAGGUGAACGAACCCCGAUUUGAGUCCACAAAUAGUAUAGUGCUUUCUAAAAGUUCAAAUUUUGCUUACGCAUCGGAAAUUCAUGGGAAGCUCCGUUACCCUGCCGUUAGUGUGAUAUUUAAAAGAUUCUUGAUAUUUUCUACAUUAUCUAAUUGUUUACUAUUGUGUAGAUUACCACAAUUCGCUUUCAGAAACCCACAGUUGGCCUCAAGGAGAGCUUAAAUAAUAUAAAUGACCCACCUAGUACUUUAAGCUAGUAGUUUCAUAUAUAGUACGGGAGCUAAGUUAUCAGCAUGUGGCCGGCUUCGCAGUACUCGCAUAGCAAUGCGCCGAUCCCGCCUAACUCGGGGAAGGCGAAUGAGCAUCAGAAUCAACAGAAUUUGAAGACUUUGGGCAUGACUUCUGCUAUUUCUAUGGCAGGUCCAAAACCAAUAGACAUAGAAAAGACAACGGAACUAAAAGACUCGCUGGCUCCAUACGGCGUGUUCGAGUCUGAGCAAGAGAUGCACCAUCGUAUGGAGGUGCUGGGCUCGCUGCACCGCCUCGUGAGGCAGUGGAUCCGCGAGGAGUCGCUCCGAAAGAACAUGCCGCCCAGCGUGGCUGACACCGUCGGCGGGAAUAUAUACACCUUCGGUUCUUAUAGGCUUGGGGUACACCACCGCGGUGCUGAUAUAGACGCGUUAUGCGUUGCGCCACGUCACAUUGACAGAACAGAUUACUUUGCGUCGUUCUAUGACCUACUGAAAGUGCAGCCACAGGUAAAAGAAUUAAGAGCCGUUGAAGAUGCAUUUGUACCAGUUAUCAAGAUGAAUUUUGAUGGAAUAGAAAUUGACUUGCUGUUUGCCAGGCUGGCGCUUAAAGAAAUACCCGAUUCAUUUGACCUACGAGAUGAUAUGCUAUUGAAGAAUUUGGACCAGAAAUGUGUUCGUUCACUGAACGGUUGCCGGGUCACCGAUGAGAUAUUACGGCUCGUUCCCAAUAUUAAUAACUUCAGACUCACGCUCCGUGCCAUCAAGCUGUGGGCUAAACGUCACGGCAUCUACUCGAACACGCUGGGCUACCUGGGCGGCGUGUCGUGGGCCAUGCUGGUGGCCCGCACGUGCCAGCUGUACCCCAACGCGCUGCCGGCCACGCUCGUGCACAAGUUCUUCCUCGUCUUCAGCCAGUGGAAGUGGCCGCAGCCUGUGCUGCUCAAACAGCCGGAUUCUGUUAACCUCGGCUUUCCGGUUUGGGAUCCUAGAGUGAACAUAUCGGACCGUUUCCACCUGAUGCCGAUCAUAACGCCGGCCUAUCCCCAACAGAACUCGACCUUCAACGUGUGCGCGUCCACCAGGACUGUAAUUAUGGAAGAAUUCAGACUGGGAUUAGCAAUAACAGACGAGAUUAUGCUAAGCAAGUGCGGCUGGGAGCGUCUGUUCGAGGCGCCGAACUUCUUCUCGCGCUACAAGCACUUCAUCGUGCUGCUGGCGUCGUCCGCCAGCCCCGACGACCAGUUGCAGUGGUGCGGACUCAUCGAGAGCAAAAUCAGACAUCUUAUAACGACCUUGGAACGCAACUCACACAUAACAAUAGCGCACGUGAACCCCGAGUGCUAUAACUCCGUGCCGCUCAACACUAACAACGGACAACCAUUAGCAUUGCCACCAGGUGAAAAUCGAAAUAUGCUAGAACCACCGCGGAGUACAGGAGCGUCAGUGCCGGAAGAACCCGUUCCGGAAAUUAAAAAGAAUGAAAAUGGCGAAGUGAUAGCGAACUACUGUUCCAUGUGGUUCAUAGGCCUGGUGUUCGAGAAGACGAAUCUGAACGUGGACCUGACUUACGAUAUCCGAUCGUUCACGAAAGCUGUCAACUAUCAAGCCGAGAACACUAAUAUGCUGAGGGAGGGGAUGACUAUUGAGGCGCGCCACGUGCGGCGCAAGCAGCUGCCGCAGUACCUGUCGGGGUCGCUGCUGAAGCGCGAGCGCACGGCGUCGGGCAGCAAGCGCAAGCACGACGCCGCCGCCAUGCCCGCGCCGCACAAGAAGACCAAGCGCCUCUCCGAGAGCAGCACGGACGAAGUAAGCGUCCUAUCAUACAACGAAGACUCAAACUCGUCGAACAUGUAUGAGGUGAACCUGCAGAGCGGGUCGCUGCCGCACCCGCUGGACCCGGAGCGGGCCAAGCCGGCCGCCGACAAGCCCGAGCCGCCCGCCUCCUCCAGCAGCAUCGCCUGUACGUAGCAGUACGAGGCCUGGCGGACCAGGUUCAUCUACGGAACCAACGUCAAGUACCCCAGACCCAAGCGAGUCUAGACUUGUACCCUAUACGUGAACUGUGCAUACACUCAGUGACCUAAAGUGAUGUGACUACGUGACAUGUGAUCAUAGUGUGUAAGAACUCGUGAUAGUUAAGUUUUUGAACAAGUUGCAAUUUAUUUGGUGCAAUCUUUUGGUGUUGUCCCGCUCGUGUUCACUGAUGGUUUCUUUAUGAUGUGGUACGAGGACAUCGCAUCGCGGCUGCGUAAGUUAUCAAAUAUCAUUAGACAUUAAACAAACAGAAGUAAAGGAAAAAGUAAAAAAAAAUAUAAUUUAGUUAAUUAAAAGCGAAGACGGUCAGCAUAUUGUACGAGAUAUUUGGGUAUUGUUUAUUUGCAGAUGGCGCGAGGCGGUACGGCGUCAUGUAAGUCUGACUAUGUCAUGUAGGAUAGGGAUGGUAGGCCAGACCAUGGGCAUAUAACAUAAUAGACCACAGGCAUUAUGAUGUCUUAAAACCUUUAUAGUAAUAGUAUUUAAUAAACAGACUCGAUUUUAAAUAACAAAUAAUUCAUCUUCCACCCUGAACUAAAUCACGACACUAAAAUGUCGUCCUUAGGAUGUUUCACUCAUUCAAAUGGCAAAGCAGUAGAGUAAAAACAAAGUUAUAAGGGAAGCAAGCAAUAUUAAGCUUUAACGUAGUGCGAAUAAAGUUGUAUAUGUCUGCGCAGAUGAUUGGUGUCUUGCAAAAUUAGCCUCUGUGGCCGAAACCGGUCACGACAUUAUUAUUGUUAUUAUUUAGGGAGCUUCCAAAACUUUGAAGACUUGCUAAAUAAACAAAAUUGAACUACAUUCGUGAGUACAGAGAGCUCAGUAUUGCCUGUCUUUGUCUUCUAACUUGGUCCUUACUAAUUCUUCAUUGCUCUGUUAUUGUCAAUAUACAAAGUAGGUCUCGAAUUUACUAAGAAAAGUAUCGAUUUUAAUUCUAGUCUAUAAUGUGACUAUGAUGGUUUUAACACUUCAUAUCUUGGCCCUGUUCACUUGAUUAAACAUUUGUGUAUUUAUCAUUGCUUGGUGUACUAUUCUAGAUGGUAUGCAUUGGUUUUUAUACAAAUGUAUAAUCUAGAUAACAAAUAUAAGCUCAUGGUAAGUUCUCAACCGAUUGCAAGGAUUAUUACUAAAUAUUGAACUAUUUACGAAUUAUAAGAAAUUAAUUACCAUGACCAAUCUGAUCAUAAGUGAAGACUGAGACACUGCUAUACACAAUUAAGUCUUUCGUCUCUUUUCCACAAUGGCAACAGUUUUGUUUUAUGAGGUCAUAGUAAAAGCACUGUUUGCACUGACCAUGAUCACAAACAUUUUAGUUAUAAUUACAAGUAACCCAGUGGAUCCAAAGUUCCUAUAUAGCCCACCACAUGAAAAAUCAUAUAUUUAACGAGUACAAAGGCAAGUACUUAACAACUAACCACUCAUUUUAUUCGUAAUCCUUGCAAACGGUUAGUGAUAGUACAAAGUGGAUGAAAUUACUUGAUCAAAUAUUUUCAUUUUGUUUUCUUUUUUUUGUAUUUUUUUUUUUUGGAGUACACUUGUUUUUUAUUACUCGACAACACUUUUCGUGACACAUGUACGGACAGGACACGUUUUGAGUGUAUUUUUAUUAUUAAAAUAAUGACUUUUCGUCAAAAAAAUGAUGGAUUGACUGUAUGAUAAAUAUAAUCUCAAUUCUUCAUCUAAUGCUAAACCAAAACUGCCAUUUAUAUCAAAGGACGUCAACUGGAAGAAUCUCUUAUUUGCUAGACAGUGUUUAUAUGUAUGUGACUUACCAAUAAAAUAUUUGAUUUUAUCAACCUGAAACCCAGUGCUAAAAAUGUCCACCCCUUAUGCCUGCCUGAAUGUUUAAUAAGUGAUGAUUUUGUCUUUAAUUCAGCUGUUGCCA